CGGUUCAGAUUGGCAAUUGCAUUGACUUUUAGUGGCAAAAUGGCACACUACUUCAGUGAAAACCAAAUCGAUGCCUUUAAAGAAUGUUUCUUUUUCCACGCAAGGAAAGGAUACAUUACAAAUGAGGGAGACUUGUCUAUAAUUAUACGCUCCUUAAACUACUGUGCCACUAAAGAAGAAAUUUCUAAGUACUUUGCUAAAGCAUCAGCUGCCGAUGGACGAAUUGACUUUGCAUCUUUCCUGAAUAUAAUGCAUGACCACUCAUUGGUGGAGAACAAGCAAAAAGAACUGAGAGCAGCUCUCAAUGCCCAAGAUAGAGGGAGAAGAGGCUACCUGAAUGCAUCGGAACUAAGACACAUACUAACAAACAUAGGGGAAAAGCUUAGCAGUAAGGAAGUGGAUUCCUUGUUUCGUGAAGCUGGGGUUCAAGCCUCUGGCCAGGUGAACAUUGCCAGUUUUGUGGACACCAUCAUGACACCCCAAGCAGACUAUUAGAGCUUGUAACAGACACAGUCAAGUAUUCUUGUGUACCAAGAUCCUUGUGACCUCAGAAAUGUAGUUCACAUUCUCUCUGUCUCUGCUUUUUUUAUCUAGAUUUUUUUAAAAGUUUCAUUUUUUAUUUGAAGUUUAGAUAUUCAGAAUAUCUUACCCUAAUAUGGUUGUGAUAACAAUUUUAAAUUUCCAAAUUUGAUACUAAAGUUUUGAAGUACUGUAUGUUUACUACUUGUACUGUACAUAAAGACCUUAAAAAUGUAUUUAUUGUGAAUUACGAGACUCUACAUAUCUGUUGUUUUCUUCUACUUUUUAUCACAUAUUGUACACAUUGUGGAUUACUUUCUCACUGACUUACUAAGUACCUUACAUACUUACAAGCUUUUUCCAUAGCAACAUUCCUGUGGAAUUUAUAUUUUUAGAACAAUGGAUUUUCCCAUUCAACAUUCCAGUAAAGGAUUCAGUUGACAAAAUGCAAAUAUCUCAUGUUUUAGAUAUCCACCAACAUUCCAGUAAAGUAUUUUAUAUGACUACAGUUUAAUUAAGACAGUUAUAAUAUGGUUGUGAGUUGUUUCUUGUAUACAGAUGUCUAUUUAUAUUAGACGUAUUGGGUGCUGUUCACAUAUUUGUUCACCAUGCUUAUCACUACCCAUAUCUUAAUGUAUAUUCUUCUUACAUAAAUUAUUGGUAAUUUAAUCUAGCAAAGUGUCUUCCACACCUUAUUGUGCACGUCAGCUAUACUAUAGUUGCAAUUCUCUUCAAGAGUAGCAUCCCUUUUAUAAACUUACAUAAGAAAUAAAAUUUGAGUUAAAAAUUUCCUUGUAAUUUGGUCUACAGAUACUGAAAACUUGUAUAUCUCUUCACGUGUAAUUUUUGUAAUAAUACUUAAAAAAAAAAACAUAAUUAAGAUACAUGUAAGCACUUGUUUUUUAAAAAAAAAAUUAGAAAGUGUUUGUCUUUUAAUAAAUCUUAGACAUUAUCUUAUUUGGGAGAUGUAUGUUUUCAUUAGUGCCAUGGUUAGCUCAAUUGUUAUUCUGAUCAAAUUUGUCAAUUCAAGCAUUUAUAUUAUUAAGUCUUUUUAUGUGUUAUUUCCUUAACUAAUUAAAAAAAAAUUAUAUUUAUUUCAUGUGAAGUUAAUGCUGGUUAAUUAUCUAACUUUUGUUUUAUUUGGCUGUAAUGAAAAAAUAUUCACAUCUACUUAUUUAUUUCACUACAAUUAUGAUUCCAGUUUUUUAAUAUUAAUGUAAAAAUGUAUGUGGAGCCAGAACCAGAAAAUUUAUUCACCUUAAAUUAUUUAUUAUCUCAUUAUUUUAUUAUUAUUAAAGCAAAUAAAUAAAACAUCAUA